UGAGGCAAAGUUGGCUCAUUCUGCGUAAGGUGAUCAGAAUAUAGACCUGUUGUUCGCUCACAAGGCAGCCAUGGCGAACCUAGUGGGUUCUGCCGUAGUUCUACUGUCGGUGUUCAUACUGCACGUCACCUCGAACCUUAUCCGUCUGGAGGUGGGGAAACAGUACCAGUACAGGUACGAGGCCACCACUGAAGUCCGGAAUGUCGGUGUCUUCCUCACGACUGCGAAGGUCACCGUUGCACCGUUGAAACCUGUACCUGAAGGGCAGCUCUGUCAGAUGCAACUGAGCCAUGCGGCGGUCAACUUUGUCGCGAACCACCAGUAUGGAUCACCAAUGUACGGGGGCAAGUGGGACUUCUCCAAAUGGUUAUCAUUCAUCAUGACGCCACACGGAGAAGUCAUCUCGAUCUUCUACCCGCCAGACGAGGACAAAGAAGUUCUUGCUAUGAAGAAGGGGAUUCUGGGAACCCUAUCCGCUCGCCUGCAUGACGGAUCAGAAGGUUCAACUGGGAAAAAAUGGAGAUACGAAGUUGAUGAGAAGGGUUACGAAGGUCAACACAGGGCCGGGUACAGCGCGGAAAGGAAGGGUGACCACACCGUGUUCAAAAAAGAAAAGUACGGGCAUGUGAUUCCAAACGCAAAAGCGACCCACAAAAAGGACAUUGUUUAUAACCACGACACGGGUGUCCCUCACACCAUUAGCGUUACGGAAAGUGUUGCUGCACCAAAGGAAGCCGCCCCAGGGUUCGAGGCAAAAUCAGGCUUGGACGAUGUUACCUUCGACUCCAAGGAACAAACCGAUCUUCCUGACAUGGAUGCCUCGUCAAAAUCCUCCAUGAAGUUUCUGGGUAUUCAGAAAUCCACGAGGAGAAUGUCACAGCCUAGAACUUUAGUGCAGGACACCCUCACUCUCCAUCAGCUACCAGGGCCACGCAUGGCGUAUGACGUGAUGAAAGAUUGGAUUGCUGGGAACCUGACCUGUAUGAGAACUGUACAACCAAAAUCGUCGAGCCAAAGGGCUGCAUGUUACAGACACAUAGUGGACUCACUCGCCCUUCUGUCCAGUGAGGAUCUACAACAAGUUGCGAACAUCUACAUCCGCCCAAAUAUCAACGAGACGUCAGACAUAGAGAACAGAGAGGCGAUUGUUGAUAGCUUCGGCGCACUUGCUACCAACGACUCCCUCAGGAUUCUCACAGAAACUGUCUUCCUGUCCCCGGAACCUGUUUUUGAGCUGGUCCAGAAGGUUUUAAUCCAUGUUGCAGUUCUUCAACAUCCACCUCCGCAGAUCAUCACAGACUUACUAGUGAGGCGAUGUUUUGAUGGCGAGCUCUUUUCCAAAGACCCACAGGAAGAUCACAAAUUAAGAUCCCAGGGUUUCCUUGUUCUUGGAGUCAUUGCCAAGCUGUUGAAAGAGAAGGAUGAUAAGCGUUCAGAUGUCAUCGUGAGAAAGCUGGAGGAGCACCUGGAGGUUUUUGAUCCGUGGACCCACAGAAGCCGUCGUUCUGCAAUGUCAGCAGAAGAAACUAAGGUCCAUGACAGAUACAAGGCGAACCUCCUCGGAGCUCUCGGUAAUGCCGGAUGUGAGGAGUCCUAUCAUCACGUUUUGUCGUACCUCAACACCACAGAGGCCCCACAUGUACUCCGCAGACACGCCAUUGCUGCGCUAGGUGGUUUUCAUAACAUGAAGGCUGCCUACAAGCUACUUUCCCUUUCAACUGACGACGACGAGGACAUCCAGCGAGCUGCCAAGCUAGAGUUCCGGACUCAUCCCAAAGCAAAAGAACUUGCUGACAUUUAUCUGCAAAAGACAAGGGAGGUGAAUGCUACCAAGGAGGGCAUCGUAUCCAGGCGGAAGAGGGACUUUUACGGGAUCCCAGGCAUCGCCGGCGUCGUGGUUGAUGACUUCACUACACUAGACGACAUAAGCGCAGCGGUUUACCACGAUGGUUUUUACUUUGACAUGCCUCUUCUUGAAUUUGCUUUUGUUGUCUCCUUGGGGUCUCCAGCUAUCGGCUCAUCCACCGGCGUAAUUUUGAAUAAUGGCGCAACACUGAGGACAGGUCGUAACGGUGCUCUUGUGUCAGGAAGGAUACAUGACGAAGUCUGGUCAGAGGCACAUAUCGGCAUACUUGGGUUGAACUUUGACUUUUUCCGACUCAGAGCGUGUCUAAAACUGAGCAUAUCAUACGACAUCGACAUCCUCCGGGCAUUUGGAUACGAUGACCCCAAAGAACUGGCGGCCCUCUUUGAUAGGAUCACUGGCUACUUCGUAACGCUUCUGAACUUAGUACAAAAUCUACAAGAGAUUGUGAACACGUACAUUACGAAUGUUACCUCUACUUUCAACCACCUUGUCCAAAACAUAAUGGCGACCUUGCAGAUUGUACGCUCUGCUCGUGCAGCUGCUCUUAACUCCUUAGGAAUAAUCGACGAUGCCCAACUCGCGACAGACCCAAAUGUGGCGACCGUGGCUACCAGCGUGAGGAAGUCGGUCGACCUUGCGAGCGAGGCUAUUCGUGAAUACUCGGCUUUCUAUAAGGCUUCUACAGAUAUUGCCGCUGUUACUCUCCCAAUGGCAGUCAGACAUAUCAACGAGGGAAUCCGGCUCAUAGCAGAUACAAGUCGCAACUAUUUCCAGUCCCCUAAGACUGCAAUGAAAGAUGUCGAGAAGGCUGUUUUUAAGAUACAACAAGCCAUGGAGGUUAUAAUCGAGGCCCGCUCUGUGUUGAAGGAUGCUUCCAUCAGAAAUGAUGAGAGGCCGUUUUGGUCCAGCAUCAUCGAAAAUGCAGACGAACUCAAAGAUGAACUAACCACCGCCACGCAACUCAUAUCGGAGGGCAGUCAGGAGGAUAGUGGUUGGACUACAAACAGCGUCCUUUCAGAGGCUGCACGAGGUAUGGCGACUGCAUUUCAGGAAAUGAAUGCGUUUUCCAGAGCUUUGGGGACGACUUUUGAAUCCUUGGACAGCAAACUUGCGAGGCUGAAAGAAGGCUGCAAUGACCUAAAAAAUGGAUAUCGGUCUGCAAAAUCUAAGAUGGAUGAAGUAUUUGGACCAAAGAUGGACAAUAACUUUCCCCGCCGACAACUACGACCUGGUCACAGUUGGGGAUCUAAACGUUCCUGUCCCAGCACAAUGGGGUACUUCCCUAGUGAUGGCGAUGGGAGGUACACGUUCAAAGGAGUUGACCUGGAGAUCGGCGCUGGACGCACUCUUGUAGCUCCAUUUACUGGGAAGGCCUUCAGACCUACAGGUAGCACAGGUGAAGUUACCAUCAUCGCUGAAGAGCUACACGGCGUCCAUGUUAUCCUUGACAAUGUCGAUCUGUUUGAUGAGUUGGUAAAUAAGACGGUAUAUAAGGGGGAGAGUCUCGGCCGUGUUCGAUCGUCUCAUUGCCAGCCUAACAGUAUCCACUUGGCAAUGGUGAACAUCUCCAGAGAAGCAAUGUUUGCCAUGGACCCUACACCUUACCUUGAACAAGAAGAGAUGCCGACUCCACAACUGAACCAGGAGUGCGGGGACUUUCUGCUAAGAUUAGCGGGCUUAACCAUAUUAGACGUUGACAUUGACAUCACUAUGUCGGGUAUUAUGGAUACGUCCCCGGUUCGCGUCGCCCCUAUGGAGCUAACGGACAGCAUACAGGCGCUAAAUGCAAUGGUUGGAAGCCACAGGGGAAAAGAAGGCGACCAAAAAACAUUUGUAUCUGAUGUCCUUGGAAUACAACACCUGAACAGGGAACCAACAAUGGCUUUCUCAACCAGCAAUCUGAAGGUGUCUGACGUUAUUCGAGUCCUCGGUCAGCAGGGUCAUACCGCGAGCAGGACAAAAUUACAAGAGCUGGUGCAACAAGUUGAAAGUUCUCUUGAAGCAAAACCAUCCUGUUCCUCACCAAGAAUCAUGACCGAUGGUCAACUGAGAGAUGCUCUCAGCACACUGCAUCAAUCGACACAUGGAUCCAGAAAUCAACUCAUCCACCGACUUUACCAGACACCAAAACAAUGCUCACAUUUGGAUCUAGCUUCAUCCGAGACUUCCUUCUGCAAAUUUGACUCCGGUUGUCAGUCGGCAUCAUGUUGUGUAGAUGUUGUGCAAAACCACCAGACGCACACAAUCACCGUCGGUGUCGACCUUGACCCCUGUACACAUGUUGUACAUCUCUCCGUGGGGUCAUGGAGAAGGGAUUUUACAGCUGAAAGUUUAGCCAGAGGUGAGGCCGGGUCGGAAGAGGUCACGGACGUCUUUGGUUCGAAGACGCAACUUGUCAUUGACUACAGCGUUAUUAGGAUGGGGGAUGUUGUGCGGGUGAGCGUUCAGGGUAAAGCCUGUAGCACAAACGGUGGGUGCUUCCCGCCAUUUUGGUUGCUGCGGAACUCGGCGGCAAGUUUUGCAAGAUGCACCAUACCAUCCUCUGGGCACGGGACAAGAACAAAACAACAACUUGAGGAGAAGACAAUGCGGGAUUUGCAGUCGUUGGUUGAACAGUUAUUGGAAGACCGAGAAAGUGACCUUGCAGAGAUCUUCAAGGACAUUCAAACUCUGGUAACAGGUCUUACAGUUGUGGGGUCACAUGUGACUAAUAUAGUCGACAUAUUUAAAAACUACGACAUCAUCUUUGAGGCAGAUGUACCUUUGUCGGCUUUGAACGUGGACUUAUUUCGACUUCAUUGGCCCUACAUGCUAGGUCCUGUUCCUGUAAUAUUCGGCUUUGGCGCAGGUGUAAAUGGUGGAGCAAGGGCCCAUGCAACUUUUCACCUUCGGUCAAUGAAAAUGGAUCUGGAAGUGGUUCCACAAGUGGGAGGGCACGUCUGGGGAGAUUUCGGCGUCUGGCUUCUUCUCUUUACUGGGAAAAUGAGGCUUAUUGGCUACAUUUGUGAGACGUCCUUCCCAAUGAACUGGCAAUUCAACUUUGGGUCUACUGACACCGGUACAAAGUAUGCACAAUACCAAGUCAUGGUUCCGUUCCGUCUGGAAUUAAGAGGGAUUCUUGUCAUGCAUCUCAUCUUCACUGAUGUGACUAUUGUAGACCUUUUAAUCUGGGGUUGGUCUGCAGAAGCCAUAGAAAAGACGAAAGAAAAAGAUGAAAAUUACAACCCAGACAAAUCACCACCAUUAUUCGAAGGGGGGAUAGUCCCCUUCGGAGGAACGUGUCGGCCGUCCACCGUUUUUCGUGCUCGACAAGAGCGACGAGUUAUAGUCGACUUCCUAUGCGGCAGCUCCGUAAGUAGUGGCAAACGAAGCAUUCGAACCAACAAGUGUUUCGUGGAACAAGUCAAGGGGCGAGACUACACGGAGCCGGCGUUUCAGCUCGGAUUUCACACGGAGGAUGAGAGAAGUGAGGUCAAGUCAACUCUGUGUGUCGGCACCUACCGCGGAGGGUGUGACGCCAUCGAUAACGAGCCGAUCGGCGGCGCCUGGUCACCAAUGUCAAAGAAACUUCCUGCAGGAAUCCCCAUGUACUUCACAAUAACCAGUACAAACGCGAGAGGUCUCUCCUCAAGUGUGUCGUGUCAGAUCGACACGUACGACAUCACGCCUCCUGUGGCCCGCAUCACGCCAGCCUUCUACUCGACAAGCAAUCCUCAGUACUUACGGGCAUCUGCUAUAAUACAAGAUGACUCACCAAUCGACAUCGCCAGGGGCGGUGUUGGGUAUGGUGGUGACGUCUACGGCGAUCAGGUAGUUUCCUGGUAUGACGUGGCAUUGGGUAACACAGGCCAUCCGGUAACCACUACAAACCCACUAGACAACUUUGUAGAAGGUAAAACUGGACGACUCAACUCAAAACCACACAAAACAGACCGCUUCGUCAUUCCAGAGGACUGCGCAAGAUUGUGUUUGACAUUUCCUCCUACGAAGUGUCUUAGUUUCAACUACGACUACGGAUCGGCUGGAACUUGUGAAAUAUUGGAAGAACUUGAAGUUCCGGGAGUCCAACUGCAUCAGAAUGGACAUUUUCAUCAUUUUGAACGACGAGGAGUUGGUAAAAUGCUUCAGUUCGACUUUGACAGCCUGGCACUGAGACAUGACAAUAUCUACUACUUCAAUGUAUACCUGCAGAACUCUCUAGGGUAUACGAGCAUUCUUUCAUCAAAGCCAGUCUUGGUUGACCACACCCCCCCUUCACCUGGUGUGAUCAGUAACAAGAGAUGGGACCAGGUUUAUAGAGAGGACUGUAAAGACUUCAUACCAGACGAGUGGGAGCACAAAUGUAUCCAGCAGACAACACUUCCAAACCACAGGGCGAUAGUAGAUGGGGAAGGCUCGCAAACAGUUUUCAAUGGCCACGAGCCGCUGAAAGAUAUGCUUUACACACGGGCGAACAGCUACGUAUCAGCUAACUGGGACGGUUUCCAUGACAACGAGACUGGUAUAUUUGGCUAUACGUGGACUGUUGGCACCACACCGUGUCAGGAAGACAUACAUCCCCACAAGGAUCCACACUCGCACCUGUUUGACGAGUCUGAGUGGACACAUACAGGCAUAGCAGAUGGACUUGAUCUUCCAGAUGGCAUAUAUCACGUUACUGUUCGAGCCAUAAACGAUGUGGAAUUUGGAGGUCCCAUGGCGACUACAGUCUGUCACAGCACCCCGUACACCAUCGACAACACGCAGCCGUUUGUCCAUAGCGUCACCAAUGUCAACUAUGACGACAAUAUACGACAGAUCAGUGCGGAAUACAAUGUCAGCGACCCCUUGUCAAAGAUCCGUGAGGUUGACCUUGGUCUUGGUCGAAGCAAGCGGGACGUUUAUCUGAUGGACUGGCAUCGUGAGGCCAACACCACGCACAUCACACACAACUAUCACAUCCCGGAUGGAGUUCCUGCCUGGGUGAAAAUCAGGGCUAUCAACAAUGUGGAUCUCCGGAAAUCAGGUCACGCUGACAGCCCGAUCCUUGUAGACACCAGCCCUCCUGCAGCAGGUUCUGUGUUUGAUGGACCAACAGCUGGGCACGAUAUCAACUUCCAACAUGAUCAGAGUGAGAUCUGUGCAAACUGGCGAGACUUCCAUGAUGAGGAGAGUGGAAUAGACCAUUACCUCUGGGGUGUGGGGACCAUCCCUGAUGCUGAUGACAUCGUGCCGUUUGAAGUCAUCUCCCAUUCGUCCUUCAGCAGCUGUGAACAGCUGUCUACACCAUUACUCCACAAUACUACAUACUACUCCACACUGGUUGCUCUGAAUGGCGGACACAAACAUUUGAACGUCAGUGUUUCAUCCGAUGGAGUACUUGUCGAUACCACUCCUCCGACGAUGGGUUGGAUCAAAGACGGCCUCAAUAAAGACGCCGACAUGCAGUUCUCAUCCGAACAGUCAACAGUAUCAGCAAACUGGGGAGAUUUUAGCGAUCCGGAGUCUGACAUAGCCUCUUACUCUGUCUCCGUCACUAGACGGCAUGCCAGCAAAGGGAAUGUUACAACAGACUGGGAGAUUAUACAUCCUCCAGAAGAGGUGAACAGUAACGCAGAUCACAUCAACUGGCACCACUUUCACCUACACCAUGGCGACACCGUGGCGGCUAAGCUGACAGCAACCAACAAGGCCGGUUCCCACGUUACGGUAGAGUCUGACGGUUUCGUGGUGGACACAACGCCCCCUGUCCUGCACUUCCUUGGUGAUGGACCAGUAGCCGGGGAGAACAGGAAGUUUUCUUCCAGCCUUAGCUUCCUGUCAGCAAAUUGGGUUUUCGAAGACAAGGAAUCCGGUCUGGACCACUUCAAGAUGUCGGUUUUUGAAACGCAUGGUGGAAGGAAACAUACGUUAUAUCUGGGAGACAGCAAGGAGCAGAUCCUUCCAGGUUCAAUGGUGAACUGGACAAGCCCACAGCUUAACCUCCGGCCAGGCAGACAUUACUCUAUCCGGGUGACUGCCGUUAACCGCGCUGGACUGUCAUCAGUGCACGAUACUGACGGUGUGGUUCUGGACACAACACCACCAUCGAUGGUGAAGGUCCGUGUGGGGGUUCUUGCAAGCGAUGUGGAGGAAGUCGUGGACGGCUUUGUGUGGCAAACAGACAGGAAAGGAAUUCUUGCAAACUGGCUAGCAUCAGACGGGCAAAGUGGGAUUGAGGCGUACUGGAUUGCGGUUGGCAGUUAUCCAGGAGGAUCAGAUAUAUCAGAUGUGAGAAGCAUGGGCCCUGCGAUAGACGGGUAUAUUGGAGGGAUUGAUCUACCGCUAACCGAUCUCGACACCAACACUCCAGUCUACUAUGUCACGGUUUUGGCAGAGAACGGGGCUGGCUUGCUGUCACAAAACCUGACAUCACGUCCCAUUAAGGUUGUUCCCGGGGACAGACCAGGAGUGGUGUUUGACGGCCCUCUCACAGUCUCAAACGAGACACACACCAACCCUGUCGACGUAGACUUCCAGUCGGACAACACAGCCGUUACGGUUCAGUUUAAAGGAUUCCAGAGUGUCUUGAACGGACUGGCACACUUCGAGUGGGCUAUCGGCACCUCUCCCCGACUGGACGACAUCCAACCCUUCAGUGCUGCAGGAAUCGUCUUAGCUCAAGACAGCCAGCAUCCAGGAUAUGGCCUGCACGGAGCGGGACAAGCUCAGGCGCUGGUUCCCCUACAGGCGGGAACGACGUACUACGCCACCGUCCGCGGGGUAACUGGGAGAGGCGACGUGCUGGAAACAUCCUCCGAUGGGAUCACCGUGGACAGGUCCCCACCUGUAACACAGAUUGUAGACACCGGGUGCGACGUCUCGAAUGACAGUGUCGAAAGUGUUGAGAACUGUUACCAGAUGAACAGUGAUUACCUUGAAGGUGAAUGGGAAACGACAGAUAAGGAGAGUGCUGUAGCGUAUUCAGCCUUCUUCUACGGCACUGUUCCUGGUCUGAGUGACGUCACACAGCUCACCCCAGGUACAGAUGAAAACAGCGUGCCGUCCACCCUUGUUGUUCCUGUAUCGGAUGGAAGAUCUAACUUUCUCAAUGUCCUGUCUACAAAUGAGGUCGGCUUAAAAUCUGUCAUCACCUCAAAGGGCAUUAUCAUCGAUGACACCCCGCCAGACGUUGGAAUCCUCACCUGCUCUCGAUACGUCCAACCUAGGGUACCGAUCGUCUGCACAUGGACCGGUUUUCACGACAAAGAGAGCGACAUUUCCCACUAUGUCUUCGGUGUCGGCACUGACGAGGGCGAUGACUCCAUUUAUAACUUCACACUUGUUUCUGCAGAUCUUUCAAGUACGGAUAAACUGCUCACAGGUGUAACUCUUGAACACGGUGGUGCCUACUACGCAACCCUAACUGCCGUGAAUGGAGGAGGAUUGCAAGCGCAGGCCUUCUCUGAGCCAAUCACAGUCGACAUGACUCCGCCGGUUCCUGGACUAGUCAUCGAACUGACCGGGGUUCAUCUAAUCGAGCUGCAAGGACGUGAAAACAUGAGUGAUGCGGAAAUUGGUAACUCACGAGAAGACUGUGAGAAACACAAUGCAGUCUGCCAGAAGUCCCUUACGUCAGUGUACGCAGCAUGGGAGGACUUCCUGGACCCUGAGUCUCCUAUCAUCAGGUACGAAAUUGCAGUUGGUACAGAACCAGGUCUGUCCGACAUAUCACCAUUCACAAACGUCGAAGCUGGAAAGCGCAAUGCCGUAGCAGAUGGCCUUGACCUAAGUCAAACUUCCCAAGUGUUUGUCAUGGUGAGGGCACAUAACGCAGCAGGACUGGUGAAUACGGCCACGUCUGACGGUGUGUUUGUCAGCAGAGUCAGCUCAGGUCUCAUGCCUCUCCGUCCGCCGAUGGUUUACGAUGGAGAAACUAUUGGGGAAGACCUGGACUAUCAAGAGCGAACAGAUCAGCUGGCUGCUACCUGGGACUUCAGUGGAGAUCCCUGUCCCAUCGUGAAAUACGAGUGGUCCAUCGUCCGUGUUGAUGAGCAUGUCUUGCAGCCACUGACAGCUGUUCCAGAGGGCCAGAUGUAUGGUCAAAACGAUGAAGUGGAUCUGAUGGAUAAACAGACAUACUAUUCUAUCGUGCGGGCAACAAACGCCCUGGGGUACAGCUACUUCGUACGUUCUGACGGCAUCACUAUCACCAAGGAACCCCUUCUCCCUGGCCAUGUGAGAGAUGGUAGUAUAGUUGGGGUGGACCUGAAAGGCCAGCCAUCUAUCACUACAAUUUCGGCGAACUGGGAUCAAUUUGGAGGUUCAGCCAUGGAGAUACAGUACUACGAAAUCGCCGUAGGGUCCGACAGAAGGUUCCCGAGCACACGGAGCGACCUCCAUCCUUUCGAGAACGUCGGUCUCAACAGAACAGCCACAUUUACAGACCUUCGACUGGUACCAGGAGGCGUCUACUACGCCACCGUAAGAGCAACGGGCGUUUCUACUGCCAUCGCAGAGGUCACUUCAAAUGGAAUCACUGUCGGCGUUGGGGGUGAACCUCCGCAGCCACAGAGUGUCGAUAUACCAAGGUUUAUCUCUUCUAAUGAAGCUAUUACCUUUGCAUGGGACGACUUCCUGUCUGAAACGCCGAUGCUGUUCUAUCAAUGGGGUAUGACUAGCAGGGCACCUGCGGAAAUACAGGGCCGUUCGUGCAAGGAAAUGCAAGAGUUCCGGGAGUCCGAGGCCGUGUCGGUCCCAGAGAAUAUCAGGCAUCUCUUUGACAUCCAUCCCUUAACUACAGUUGGGAAGGACACCAUGGUAGAACAAGAUGGCUUGUCACUGGAACACGGGAAGACCUACACAAUCGUCAUAGUUGGGACAAAUGAAGCCUCCGAGUGUGUUACUGCCCUUCAUGAGGUGUCGGUAGACACUACACCACCGACUGGUGGGACAAUUCUGGCUGGAGAAAGAGACCUUGAAAAUAUCCACUUCGUCAGGAGUGCCGACGUAUUGCACGUGAAGUGGGAGGGUUUCCAUGAUGAGGACAGUGGUGUGAAGAGUGUAGAAGUGGCGCUGUACGAGAGGAUGACGUGUUCUGACUCGUCCGGAACGCUAGUUGCUGUUUCGGAGGCUAUCAAUGUUCCGUUGAACUCGUCUGACUAUCUUUUUAGGGAGAUCUCACUACAGGUUGAUGUACCAUACUACGUGCAACUGAAGGUCACGAACAAUGCUGAAUUGUCAUCACUUUUUACGAGUUCCCCGGUCCUGUUGGAUCUGACCGACCCAAUCGCCGGUGUUGUGGUCGACGGGCUUGACUUCAAAAGAGACAGAGGCUACCAGAACUACACAGACAAAAUGGAAGGUAUUUUCCUUCACCUCCCCAAUCCCGAUGGGGAUUCCUGCCCCAGGCGGAGAUACGAUUUUGGUACUGAAAGUGAAGAUUGGUCUGCUGUUCUCACAACUGGGAUGUGGAAAGUGAGCAGGACUGAUACCAUCCUAUUUUUACCAGACCAGAUAUCUUACUGGGAAGAUGAUGGUCUUGAGAUAAAAAUGCACCGAGACGUAAGAGAACCAAGAAUGAAGUCGGGUGCCGUUCACACCAAGGCGCAUUUGCAAGAAGCGGGAAAGUACCAGGUUACAAUUCAAGCCGCCGGUGGGGACAUCUCUGCUGUCACAAGUGUCACCUUCUGGGGAGGUCCAGAGGGAGUUGUGGUUGGGUUUGACACUGCUUUUGACGAAUACGUCGAAGAGUCAACUGUGGCUGCAUCCGAGGAAUGUGACUGUUGUCUCAACACUACUACGUUUGCACCAGAGGUCGGACUGUAUAAUGGGACUUCCGAUGAAAAACGUAAAGCGGCGGCCUAUAUGUGA